ACCUCUUCUAACUAGAGAAUUAUACAAACAAAUUGUGGUUUUCUCAGCCACCAAAAGAAAGGAGCAAGAUGGGAGCCAACUUAUCCAACGUGGAGAAUGCUCAUAAAUCAUCCGGCCACCUUCUCACCUUCCAUUCCACCGCUAAAUGGAAGACUCACUUUGAUGCCUCCAAACAAACUAACAAGUUGAUGGUGAUCGAUUUCACGGCUACAUGGUGUGGACCUUGCAAAUCCAUGGACCCAAUUAUCCAAGAGUAUGCUGCAAAGUACACCAACGUGGAAUUCAUCAAAAUUGAUGUGGAUGAAUUGAUGGAGGUCUCUCAAGAAUUCAAGGUGCAGGCAAUGCCAACAUUCAUAUUGAUAAAGAAAGGCAAAGUUGUUGAUAAGGUGGUGGGUGCAAAAAAGGAAGAGCUGCAAAAGCUUAUUGAGAAACAUCUAAAUUAAACUGAGCUGCAAAAAGCUUAUAGUAAACGAAGAGGAAUAAGGAGAAAUUCUUCAAUAUCUCCUGCCAUACCCCAUUAUCAAGUAAAAUGGUGUGAUGUGUGCUUAGCUAAUUUUCUUGAAACUCAAAAAAACAAAAAUGUUUUGUUGGCGUUCAAAGAAUGUAUGGGGUAACAAAUUGUCAUUUAUUUUGUAAGAGACAUCAAUGUCAGACGAGCGUUGGUUAAUUACAAUUUUAUUUAUGUGUCUUUGAC